AUGCGCGCACUCACGUCCCUCUCGCUCCUCCUCUUUCUGUCGGGCGUGACGACGCACCCGGUCAAGCGACAAGACGACAAUGGCGUCGAUGUGGGCCUAGCAGGCGGCGACGCGUUAGGGGGUGACGCCUCGCCCUCAUCCGACCCACAGCCCACCGCCGAGCCCACCGCAGCCAACGACGCCCCGCCAGACUCUGGCGCGUCCGACCCCGCCGACAACAACCGCGCCGCCUCCCUCCCCAUCUCGUGGUCCGCCCUGCCGGAGAUCUCGCAAGGCGGCGGCCCGUUCAAGGUCACCAAGGUCGGGCCCUCGUCGGGGUACUGGGGCGGGACCGCGACGUACGUGCCGCCGCCUUGGGCAUCGCGGUCGUCGAGCACCAGCGAGGAGGCCGCGCCGACUGGUGGGGACUCGUCGUCGAGCGAGGAGAGCGCGCCGGCGUCUACCUCGGACGAAGGCAGCGCCACCCCCGACCCCAGCCCCGAGCCCAGCGCAGAGUCAAGCUCUGCUGCCCCGGGACCCGCGACGAACAGCGGCUCGGUCGGCGUUGGCGUCGGCGGCGUCGGCGACGGCUCGCCUACGGCCAGCGAGACGGCGAGCCCUGGCGAGUCUGCGCCGGCCGGACCCGCAACGCACAGCGGCGACGUCGGCGUCGGCGUUGGCGGGGUCGGGCCGUCGCCCGGCGCGACGGGCGCCACGGGGCCAACCAUCACCACGCCGACGGCCCCGCCCACCCCCACCGCGGAGGAGACCACCACGCCGUACCCCUUCCUCACGGAGCCCGUCCUGACGACCAACGCCCUCGGGUUGACAUACACGCUCAACUGGCACUCAGUGUUCACCACGACGACGUGCGACGAGGUGCCCGGAGGCCUGCACGGCGACCAGCCGCUGCGCUUCUGUAAAGGCUACACCACGACCGAGCCGCACGCCGAGGCGUACCCGUUCUAUCCUGGCGCGAGCGAGGAGAUCGAGCGCACAAGGGAGUGCCCGUACACCAAGUACCAGAGCCCGCUGUGCCCGUGGUUCUCGUUCACGCGCAGCACGAGUCUCUAUGGCAGCGUGCACAGCGGCCUCACGACCGAGUGCGCCCUCACAGCGAGCCACGCCGGCGUCGGCUGGCGCCCCAUUCAGAACAACCCGGACAUCAUCGAGCUCGGCGUCAUCGACGGGGCGGCGUACAUCAUGGUGUGUAACACGUUCUCGGAGACGAAUGCCGCCGGCGAGGCGCUGCCCACCAACGGCCCGUUCGCAGCUGCGCCGACGCCGGCGAUGACGCACCUCACGUCGGCGUCAGGGACGGCCGCGGCCGUCGCGAUCGAGACGCCGGCGUCGAAUGCCACGCCGGCGUCGAGCCCCACCGCGGCGUCGAGCCCGACUGCCGAGUCUAGCGCGGCACCGGGCACCACCGCAACCCCCGCGUCUGCGCCCAGCGCCGAGCCAACCACCACGAGCAAGCCGAAGAAGAAGUGUCCGCCCAAGAAGCGCAGGUAG